GGUCGCCAGGCGACCGACAACACUUCGAGGGGCCUCUCCUCCGCCUCCUCGCUCUCCUUUUUCGUGCGCCGCGAAGGACCCUCCAGCGCAGCCAGCAGGGCUCAGGAUGCCUCGCAAGCGCCGGGGGAAGACGCUGCCGCAGGCGCAGCCAGCUGGGACAGAACGCGCACCCCCCGGGAGCGGCGCCGAGGACUCUGGGGGUAGCCCGCCGCAGGAAGGUGCCUCGCCGCUGCAGGGGGAGCUGGAGCUCGUCUGCCGGGAGCUGGAGCGGCUGCGCGGGCGGCGGGCGCAGCUGCGGGCGCAGCACGAGCUCCUGGAGCAGGAGGCACAGCAGCUGCGCGCCGAGAGUCGGGAGUUCCUGGACUACGUGGCCAAGCGGGCGCAGCGGCGGGAGGGGGCGGCCGUGUCACUGGGCGACGAGAGCCAGCAGCUCCUAGCGCAGAUCCAGCGCGAGCACCGGGAGCUGCUGGCCCGCUCCGCAGAGCAGGAGGCGGUGCUGCGCGCAGAGGUGCUCCGCCAGGAGGCCGAGUUGGCCCGGCUGCGCACCGAGCUGGAGGAACUGCGCGGUGUGCGCGCGCUGCAGCAGGAGCAGGCCGGCCGCGUGCGGGAGCUACAGCGCGCGCAGGCAGCGGCCCGCAAGGAGCACGUGCAGCGGCGGCAGGAGGCGGCGGCGCGCUUCGCGCAAGCCAAGGCGGCGCAGGAGCGCGAGGCACGAGAGCGGGCGGCGCGCGUGGCCGGAGAGGCGCACCAGGUGGCCGCGCGGUGCCUGCUGGAGCACAGCCGGGAGGCGCAGCGGCAGAACCGGGAGCUGAGGCAGGAGCUGGCGCGGCUGGUGGCGAGGGCACGGGCGCUGCAGGCGCACAAGAGCCGGCUAGAGGAUCACGUGCAGCGCUUGCGGCGGCAGCAUGAAUCGCUGCGCGACUUGGCCCUCCUGCGCCGCGGCGAGAGCGACCGGCAGCAGGGACGCGCGGAGAAGCAGGAGGGCGGGCGCCCCUUCCCCGAGGCGCAGGGCAGACGAGCUGCCUCCAGGCCAGCCGCGCAACUGCUGAGACGGUGAACAGGGUCCUGGCGGUGAGAGCCUUAAGACGAGCCUACGAGGAGCCUGGAGGAUCGAUCAGGCCAGUGGCUCACCUAGUCCAGCCUCCUGUUCUCACGGUGUCCGACCAGAUGCCUGUGGGAAACCGGCUGCAAGCAGGAUCCGAGCAGAAGAGCGCUCUCCACGCCUGAGGCUGCCAGCAUCUGGAAUCCAGCAUCAUUGACUGUGGGACAGAGUAUAGCCUCCAGGCUGACUAGUAGCCAUCGCUAGCCCUCUCCAUAAAUUUGUGAAGGCCUCUAUUGAAGUCAUCCCAUCUGGUGGCCAACGCUGCCUCCUGUGGGAGGGAGUUCCAUAGUUCAACUAUGCACUGAACUUUAUCCCAUCUGUACUGAACCCAUUUUAAUCAGUUUGGCUUAACUGCUGCUGUUGUAAUAUUACUUAAUGUGGUUUAAUAUCUUAUUCUUUCCCCAGUUUGCAAUUUUUUUAGGUUGCUGCUUUACAAAUUGCUUUGUAGAGGGGUGGUGAGUUGAGAUAGAAAAUCUGUUCAUAAAACAGGAUGGGAGGCAAGCUCUCAUUCUGCAGGGACAGAUGAGGGAAGCCAUCUCAGGGGCUCUUCUGUACUUAAGGAAGCCUCACGACUCAGGCUAAGAAAACCAGGAGGUAUGUUGGGGGUGCGGGCAGAUCUUUGGCUGUGGUUCAGCAAUGGUAAGGAUCAGGGUCGUGACUUAGCUGAGCCAAGAUAGCACCCAGGUGAGGGAUCUCCCUACAUCCACUCCUUGGCAAUGUAUGGUUUCUACCUGAGACAUUUCAGGAGGCCUCUGGCCGGGUCACGUCACAUUCUGCAUGCAAAGCAGCUGCUCAGCCACUGACCUGUUAUGGACAAAGGAGGGGCACCCAACCUACUCCUCAGAAGCAUUGGCAUGCUAUGCGUAAGGGCCCAGUCUUAUUCAGCAUCUUUAUCUGAAUACGAUUCUAUGAAUAUGAUUCUGAUAUGAUUCUAUGACACAGCAGAGCUCCAGGACACAGGAGCUUGCCCUGCUACUGAGCAAGACACGCCCACAUGACCACGAACUUCUGUAUGUUUCCCUCAGUUAUACUGGGUUCCCAGUUUUCAUAAUAAGGCAAGGAAACCCCAUUUUCUGAAGCAUGGAAAUUCACAAAAAUUAGUCAAAUAGAUGGUUUUAUUUACUUCAGAAAGGUGAUAAAAAUUGUGAUCCCAGGGUGGAGGGAAGGAGACCUGACUCAUGGCAUGUAUGGAACAGGGAUGCCAUAAUUCUCAAGAUGUGACAACACAAACUUAGGAUACCCCUCCUAACUGCCAAACCAGGUGUUAACAGCCCUGACAAGGUGCCCCAUGAUAUUCUUGUAAAGAAGCUGGUAAAAUGCAGGCUAGACAAUGCUACCAUUCAGUGGAUUUGUAACUGGCUGACUGACCGAACCCAAAGGGUGCUCAUUAAUGGCUCCUCCUCAACCUGGAGAGUAGUGACUAGUGGGGUGCCACAGGGUUCUGUCUUGGGCCCAGUCUUAUUCAACAUCUUUAUCAAUGACUUGGAUGAUGGGCUUGAGGGCAACCUGAGCAAGUUUGCAGAUGACACCAAAUUGGGAGGGGUGGCUAAUACCCCAGAGGACAGGAUCACACUUCAAAAUGACCUUAACAGAUUAGACAACUGGGCCAAAGCAAACAAGAUGAAUUUUAACAAGGAGAAAUGUAAAGUACUACACUUGGGGGGGGGGGGAGAAAGGCACAAAUACAGGAUGGGAGACACCUGGCUUGAGAGCAGUACAUGUGAAAAGGAUCUAGGAGUCCUGGUAGACCACAAACUUGACAUGAGUCAACAGUGUGAUGCAGCAGCUAAAAAAGCCAAUGCAAUUCUGGGCUGCAUCAAUAGGAAUAUAGCAUCUAGAUCAAGGGAAGUAAUAGUACCACUGUAUUCUGCUCUGGUCAGACCUCACCUGGAGUACUGUGUUCAGUUCUGGGCACCACAGUUCAAGAAGGAUACUGACAAGCUGGAACGUGUCCAGAAGAGGGCAACCAAAUUGGUCAAAGGCCUGGAAACGAUGCCUUAUGAGGAACGGCUUAGGGAGCUGGGUAUGUUUAGCCUGGAGAAGAGAAGGUUAAGGGGUGAUAUGAUAGUCAUGUUCAAAUAUAUAAAAGGAUGUCAUAUAGAGGAGGGAGAAAGGUUGUUUUCUGCUGCUCCAGAGAAGCGUAUAGUAGGGCUCCCAUACAUCUGGGUUUUCCCAUACAUAUUUGGGAUUCAUCCAUUGGAAAUAGUGUCCAGGCAGAAUUUCCAAAAAUCACAAAAAUGUCCAGGAAAACCUGGACAUACGGCAAACCAUGUCAGAAGUGAUUUUUUUUGGGGGGGGGGGUUGCAAAACAAAAAAUUGUGUCCAGAUUUUUACUUGUUGAAAUAUGGCAACCCUAGUAUAUUCCUAGGCUCUGCUCAGAGCUCAGACUCCAUUUUAAAAACUAACUUUGUAUUUUGUAACAAAGAAGUAUUUUUUGCCAGCAUAUUACUUUGAUGAUUUGUUGCCUGCAUUGAAAUGUAAGUAAACCUUUUGUUUAUCUUACUAAAACAUGUAGUUCAUUCUUAGCAAAGGGGACAGAGAGGGGAAAGGUCAGCAGACCACAAAUGAACAGGGAUAAGAGAUGUAAUUGCCUAAUUCAGGCAUCCCCAAACUUCGGCCCUCCAGAUGUUUUGGACUACAAUUCCUAUCUUCCCCGACCACUGGUCCUGUUAGCUAGGGAUCAUGGGAGUUGUAGGCCAAAACAUCUGGAGGGCCGCAGUUUGGGGAUGCCUGGCCUAAUUCCGAGAUUCCAGUAAGCUGCAAAAGUGCCUAAGUAUUUUUACUCUGCUAAAGGGGCUUCACAGCAUGUUUGCUCUCAGUGCUCCCCCACAUGUGGGAUAGGAGGUUUUGAUUUUACUUUACAGAUUUAAUCCUCAAUUAAACUUCAUCAGAAGCAAUGUAUUUAUUUCCUGCUCAAAAUAUCUGCACUCCAGUCCAAAGCAGUGGUGCUGAGGACUCACCCAAGCCCAGUAUGACGAGCAUGCCUGUCUUGCACUGCCAUCUUCUAGCCAGGCUGCUCACACAACAGCUUGAGCUCCUCAUCUGACUUGUGUCUCAGGGGUGUGGAUGGGGUUCUGGACCGACCUCUCCUUGCAGCAUCGAGGAACAGCGAGGCUCCUUGCAGCCAGCUGGGCUCCUGCAUCUUGGCAGCAUCACAUGGGGCAGGUCC